ACCCAAGAUACAUAAAUCAACGAUUUGCAAAAAUUCAUAGAAAAAUUAGGUUAAUCCUAACUCCCCCUCGUAAAUUCCAAAACACUCAAACAAUGCCGCAAACAGCAAAAUUGAUAAAUUCAUAAUCCAGGCCCUAAAUAGUUCAACGAACAAAGUAUUCCCUAAAUAUAAGUUACAUCAUGUGUAUCGGCGGGGCUUCAAAAUAAUUAACAUAUCUAAAUUACUUGCUCAAAUUUCAUAACCAAAAAUUCUGUAUUCUUUCCGACUCUUUGUUUGUAAUUUUUUUGCCGCAACCGCCAAUUUGUGGCGGGACACAAAGGAUUUCUAAGCGGAAUCACAAUGUCAAGUAAUUAAUUUCGAAAGGCGGUACCUAUAACCAAUUUAUAUUCUCCGGUUUUUAUUAGUCUGAUUUCCAAUGUCCAAUAAAAAUUAGCCGAUCGCGUAUAAAUACCAUCUCGGGGAUUGGUGAAUUCAUUCCGAAGAUCAAUUCGCAGUUUCUACCUUAGAUAUUCUGCCAUGACAAUUUCCCAUAUUUUUUUCCGUUGGGUGGUCGCCCUCGGUAUAGCACUUGCCCAAACUAAGCCUGCCAUCCUAGCACAAUCAAUGUCCGAUAGGUGUGUCACCGUCAAUGAGACAGCGACCGGCAACUGCCUCUGGAAACUCGGCCUGGCCACCGAUACUGAUCAACUCGUCCUCGGAAUGACCAUUUCCUACUAUCGCAUCCGUUGGAGUAACGGGUGGAGCGAGCCAUACUACCCUGGAGGAAACGAUAUUGAUGGCACACUAACAGAUGGAGGAUCCUGUAACGGUGUACCCUACGCGGCAGGAAAACAACGUCGUCAAUGGUCCUAUUUCGUCGACCAUUAUCACAGCUACACGGUCUGCGAGGCCAACGAUGCAACAACUCGAGCCCCAGCGGGGACAUGUGAUCCCGAAAACUGUCGCCUAGAGGGGCUCAACUGUACGUCCUACCAACAUUUGUAACAAGGCCACGAGGAGAUGGGAGGCGUUAGAAUGUGGAUUCGGACUCUUCUGGAAUCCCGACUGGAAUGCCAACAUCACUGGGGGAAGUUGCGACGAAUGGGACAACCUCGCCGCGGAGAUUCAAAACCGCUACAACUCGGAUGCUGCCUGUUUUCCGCCUUGCUACUAUGAGAAGAAUGGUGAGUGUUCUAACAAUUAUAUUUAUCAUCCAGCCGGGUCCGACCACCGGGUCAGUCAGACGCUGGAAUGUCCAUCAAAUCUUGUUUGGGCGGAUGAGAUGCAAACUUGUGAUCGAUGUGAUCAUGUCAUGGACGACGUGAAAGGAGUGAAUUGUUGUGGCAGCAUCAGCGAACCGGGAAAUGGAGGUGGAGGUGGGGGGCCAAUAUAGUACCUAAGGCGGGUUUACGACCAACUUAUAAAACCAGGGUUGUUUCAAGAUGAUAGAAAAGGAAUACAAAAUAAAAAACCUAUAAAUCUGUAAUAUCU